CAUUAUCAGUUUCAUAGUAUUCGAGUAUUAUUUGACGUUUACCAUGCGUAAUAUUGGACAGAUCCUUUAAUCCAUCUGCACCACCCGUCGCCGAUCCCCACCAACUCCGAUGUCCGCCGUUCUCCGCCAACCAACUUGCAGAAACACCGAUCGCCGCCGCCUGUUGAUUAUCGCAACCUUACCCUCCAAUCUCCAUCCAUCCUCUCCGGUACCUCUUUCCCCCAAUUAUUCUGUAGUUUCCAAUUGUAUAUAUGGGUUUGUAUCUAGUAAUCAGGUUAAAUACCCUUAACCCACCUAUCAAGUUCCCCAUUCUUCAAUGUGUAUCAAUAGUUUCUCGUUGAAUAGGGUUUUUCGAUGUGAUCAUUAUUUAUCGAAUUGUGUCAAUUGUGUAAUUCUUAUCAUUCGGUAUGCUAAUCUCGAAUUAUCGAAUACUAUUGAUAAUCAUAGCUCCUGUUCUUAGCUUCUUCCCAUUUUAGAAUUAGGGUUCAUACUUGAUACUUCCUACCCGAGAUUAUUCUUUCUAUGGAUCAUGUUCCUGUCGAAGUAAUCGGCAACAUACUCUCCCGUCUCGGGGCAGCCAGAGACGUCGUAAUUGCUUCAACGACAUGUAAAAAAUGGCGAGAAGCUUGUCACCGGCAUCUCCAUAUGCUCUCCUUCAACUCCGACGACUGGCCUGUUUUCCGUGAUCUCACAACCAGUAGACUCGAAAUACUAAUCACCCAAACCAUCUUCCAAACCAAAGGAUUACAAGGUCUCUCCAUUUUAAUGGACGACGUCGACGAAUUUUCAGCUUCUGCCGUCAUCGGGUGGCUGAUGUACACAAGAGAAACAUUGCGUUGCCUCUUUUACAACGUCCGUACAACUCCAAAUGUAAACAUUCUCGACAUUUGUGGUCGACAAAAGCUCGAACUGUUAGCUCUAGCUCAUAAUUCAAUCACUGGGGUUGAACCAAAUUACCAAAGAUUCCUUUUUCUGAAAUCCCUUUCUCUAAGUUACGUCAGUAUUUCAUCAUUAGAUCUGAAUCUACUCCUCACAGCUUGCCCCAAGAUCGAGUUUUUAGGGCUCAUAAGUCCAGAAAUCGCCAUCACCGAUGCUCAAGUAACAGUCGAAUUGACGAGUCAGACAUUGAAGAAAGUUUACGUGAAAGCCAUAAGUUUAGACAAAUUCAGUCUAGAAGCCGACACCCUGGAGAAAAUACACCUCGAAGAUUGCGCAUUUGAGCUUUUUGAGCUUUCUGGAAAGGGAACUUUAAAGCAAUUCAGAAUGCACGAUGUAAGUAUCUUCCAUCUCGACAUUUUCGAUCCUGUGGAUGACCUUGAAGUAGUCGACGUCAGCAAUUUCACAGUAAUUUGGUCAAAAUUCUACCAAAUAAUCUCAAAAUGUUCAAAAUUGAAAACCCUUCGUCUCUGGAACGUGGUAUUUGAUGAUGAAGUUGAGUUUGUUGAUUUGGAGUCGAUUGCUGUGUGUUUUCCGGAUUUGAGGUAUCUUGCAUUGAGUUAUGAUUUGAGAGAUGAUUUGAAAGAAGGUGUUCUUCAUUAUAGCUUGCAGGGUGAAUCUGCAUUUGAGAAUGUGAGUGUUUUGGAUCUUGGAUGGAUGAUUCUUGAUGAACAUUUUGUGGAUUGGGUUGAGUGUUUGCUUAGAAGAUGUGGGAGAUUGAAGAAGUUGAUUAUUCAUGGAGUUGUUUCAGAGUCUAAAACACAUGUAGAGUGUCAUAUGUUGGCAAGUUUUACUUCUUCCAUUGUUCAACUUAUGAGAAAAUACAUUCAUGUUGAUGUUCAGUUUGUAUAUGAAUAAUUUUUUUUACCAAAGAGCCCCUUGUUUGUGCUAUUA